UUUAGAUAGAAAGAGUGGGUUUUGUAAAUUUUUGAAAUUUAUUGAGAGGGACAAUAAUGUUGCGCUUUUAAAGACUUUGACUUAUUUUACGAACCUGAGAGAAUCCGACACAUUUAAGUAACUCUCUCUCUGUCUCGACUCUCUAGAAAACACACAUUUCAAUUUAAUUUUCUUCUAUUGGUUUUUGAGAAAACAUUUCGAGAUUUACACUCUUUUUGUUGUCGCCGCAGUUGAUACUCACUGCAAGCUCAUUUCUAGUCUUCUUCACCACUCAUCUUCUUCUUCUUCUUUAGUUCCUUAAACUUCUGGGUUUUGAAUUUGGUUCUUGGACUAAGAUAAUGAGCGCUUCCAAGUUCAUAAAAUGUGUUACUGUUGGAGAUGGAGCUGUCGGGAAGACAUGUAUGCUUAUCUGUUACACUAGCAACAAGUUUCCUACCGAUUAUAUACCGACUGUGUUCGACAAUUUCAGUGCCAAUGUAGCUGUGGAUGGACAAAUCGUGAAUUUAGGGCUAUGGGACACUGCAGGUCAAGAAGAUUACAGUAGGUUGAGACCAUUGAGUUACAGAGGAGCUGAUAUCUUUGUCUUAGCCUUUUCGCUAAUUAGCAAGGCAAGUUACGAGAAUGUACUAAAGAAGUGGAUGCCUGAACUUCGUCGGUUUGCCCCAAAUGUUCCUAUAGUUCUUGUUGGUACAAAGCUAGAUCUCCGAGAUGAUAAGGGAUACCUCGCGGAUCACACCAAUGUCAUUACAUCUACUCAGGGAGAGGAACUGAGGAAGCAAAUUGGUGCAGCUGCUUAUAUCGAGUGCAGUUCCAAGACUCAACAAAAUGUGAAAGCAGUUUUCGACACAGCGAUCAAGGUGGUUCUUCAGCCUCCAAGGAGGAAGGAGGUCACAAGGAGGAAGAAGAAACAUAGAAGAUCCGGUUGCUCCAUUGCGAGUAUUGUCUGUGGAGGUUGCACCGCGGCUUAAGGCACAACACAAGUCUCAACAACAUUGUGACUCUCUUUCUAUGGUUGUAUUUUUUUUUCUGGUUCUUAGGUUGAAACUCUCCAACUGUGAAGAUAAGGGAGCUGUUGGUUCUCUUAUUUGUAUGUGAAGAAGCUCCUUUCUCUGUUUUUGGUUGUGUAGAUUUGCAAAUUCUGUAACAUUCUUCUCUUGUUAACAAGUUUUGGAUUAGCAAAUUUGGAAUUCUU